AUGCACGGCGGCCUGCCUUCGCCACGAGCGGGCCACGUUGCAGGGAUGCUGGGCGACCAUCUGUACAUAGUGGGGGGUGGGAACAAUGCAGCAGGCUGCACGGACAUGGCCUAUUUGGACUGCUCACCCCUGUACGUGGCGUUCGGGGACAGCGCCCAGUGGCUGCAGAUGUCGUGGUCCCUGGUGGGGGCCAUUCCAGAGCGCUCUAUUAUCGCCAGUGAGGGCAUGAGCCUGAUCAGUGUGCAGGAGGCUGGGGUGCUCGUGUCUUUUGGUGGGUACAAUGGGAAGUACAGCAACAGCGUGAGCAUAUUCCGCCCUGGGAGCAGUUCCAUGGGCAACGAGGCUGGAGAGGGGCGGCCACAGGAGGGGGCCCAGCAGGAAGCACAGGCGAAUGGACGGGGGGAGGCACCCCAGGCACCGCAAGGGCUGGAAGGGCCUCAAGGCGUGGAAAACAUGACAGAGGCUGAGAUGCAGGCGAACCUGCAAUCAGCCUGGAAAGAGUCUGAGAAUGCUGCAAGAGAGGCUUCUGCUGCCAAGGAAUUCGCUGCCACAGAGUUAGCCCUCAUGCGAAGGCAGCUGCUGUCAGCACAAACAGCGUUGGAGGAAAAGGAGAAAGCCCUUGAAGAGGCAAAAACUCAACUCCAGGCGGAGCAGUCCAAGACCCUGAAACUCGAGGCAGAGGCUGCAGAGCUGAGGCACAAGCUUGUAGCAAUGGCCGACCUCGAGAAGGAGCUAGAGGCUUACAGGAGGGCAGCACAGGAGAGCCAGCAGAAGGGGAGUGGUCUUUGGGGCUUCAUAGCAGGGGGAACAGCAUAA